AUGGUGCCCGCGCCAGCACCGUUACAUGGGAGGCUGGUCGAGCCGGACCAGCUCCCAACCCUAAACGCCCAAACUCGCCCCCGCCAGCCUCUGCGCCCAAACUCGCCUCGCGCCGCCAGCCUCUUUGCCGCCCGCGCCCGCCCUCGCCGUCGCCGGCCGCCCCGCCGCCGGCCGCCCGCUGCCCCUCCCUCCCCGGCCGCCCUCCUCCCCUGCCCCGCCCUCCUCUCCCCUAUCCCUCCGCCCACCCGCUGCCCCUCCCUCCCCGGCCGCCCUCCUCCCCUGCCCCGCCCUCCUCUCCCCUAUCCCGCCGCCGGCCUCCUCUCCCCCUGCCCCCUCGCGCCGCUCUCCUCCUCCUCCUCGCGCCCGGCCCGCCGUCCCUGGUCGGCCUCCUCCUCGCGCCCCGGCCUGCCGUCGCCAUCACGGCCAUGUGGUGACCGCCUCGUCAUGAGCACCCCGGCGUGA